UCUCUGCUGCUUUCCAUUUCAAAAAGCAAACUUGGCAAUGACUAAAUACCAAGGAAAUCCUCUGUAUCUGCAAAAUCACAAGUUGCAAAUUCGCCCAUCCAUGUCAAAAAUGGUUAAUAUGUGGCAUCCAAGGGAUUAUGUCAGAUGGCUAACCUGUCUACAAUUCAGUGUAUGCUUGUGUAGUGGCCCACCUGAGAAGCCCUCAAAUUUGUCCUGCAUAACAUAUUAUGAUAAAAAUAUGACUUGUUGGUGGAAUCCAGGAAAAGACAAACACAUCACAAGCUCAUAUCAACUGAAGUUGUUCAUUCCUUCAAUUCCUUUACAAAGUUGCAUUCCAGAAAAUUCCAAGAACUCAUGCACAAUUUUUUAUCCAGAUCUUCGUUAUUAUGUUGAUUAUACCAUUUGGGUGGAGGCAAAAAAUAAUUUUGGGAAAACGGACUCAGAUCACCUAGUGUUGGACAUAAUGAAUUCAGUCAAGCCUGAACCCAUUUUUAUCAUGUCAAUACAACCUGGUCAUGGUUUGAGCAGAUCAUUGAUCGUGAAAUGGAAAAACCCUUUGAAAUUGCCAAAAGUGUUUCCACUGAAAUAUCACCUCCGAUAUCGAAUGGCUAGGACUGCAGACUGGAUUGAGGCUGAUCAAAAUGAAACCUCUCAUCAUGCAGAGUUUUUCAUGAUUAAAGGCCUAAGGCCAUUUACAAAGUAUAUUGUGGCAAUCCGUUGCAUGAAACAGGAUGGAAAAGGUUAUUGGAGUGAUUGGAGUUUGGAGAAAACAGGAACUACUUCUGAAGAUCGACCAUCUCAAGGGCCAAAUCUGUGGAUCGUAAAUAAAAAUCCAAAUUCACAAAAUAGACCAGUACUCAUCAUGUGGAAGGAACUGAGCAAAUCUGAGGCUAAUGGUAUCAUAAAAGGAUACCAAUUGAAGAUAAAAGAAAGAAAAAGUCAGGCAGUGAUGUGCAUCAACAGUACUAACCUGGAGUAUAGUCUCAUUCUUUCUGGAGAAUCAUACGUAAUAUCAAUUACUGCCUACAACUCAGUUGGAAACUCCCCCGAGUCUGUGCUCUUAGUGCCCUCAGCAAAUCAGAAAGAACUCCCAGCUGUGCAAUAUAUCAGUGCUGCCCCACAUAAUGACCAACUAAUGGUAGAAUGGAAAGCUCCUAGCUCCACUGUAAAUACGUACAUAGUUGAAUGGUGUGUGGCAGAUUCAGAUAGUAAUGAGUGCAGUGGACUAGUAGACUGGAUAUAUAAACCGAACACCACAAACAAGGCAUUUGUGAAAGAGAACGUACUGCCAUUUAAGCGCCAUAAGAUAUCAGUUUACCCUUUGUACAAUGAUGGUCCUGGAUCACCACUUUCAACAAAGGCAUAUCUAAAACAAGACUCUCCAGCAUUUGGUCCCUUUGUUCGUCUGAAGAAAACAGGAAAAACAACAGCUCAGUUGGAAUGGGAUGAAAUUCCGGUAAAUGAAAGGCGUGGAUUCAUCACAAAUUACACCAUCUUUUGCAAGAACGCUGAUGAAAAUGAAUCAUAUGUAACAGUGGACUCAGCAAAUCGACAACACACAUUGGUUAACUUAAAAAGCAAUACUUUGUACCGAGUAAUUGUCAUGGCUUCGACAACAAAGGGAAGUACAAAUGGUACAGCUAUCUCUUUCAAAACACUAGCCUUUGCGAAACAAGAAAUUGCAGCUAUCAUGUCAUCCACCAUCCUGGUUUCCCUGUCAGUCACUAUUAUGAUGUUAUUUGCGUAUUUUAUGAACAAGACUCCCAAAAAGAAUUGUCAGAAUGUCCCAGAUGCAGCAUACAGCCAUCUAACAAUACCAAAAUGUCAAACUAAGAAUAAUUUUGAUGGGAAAGAGCUGGGAAAGGCUUCUGAGAGCAUCGGAACUAUAGGACAGCAACAGCAAAGCAUUUUCAGUGAGGAGAAUGAAUCAUAUUGGAUCUAUUCAAGGAACACUGAAGAUCCAGCUGUGGUGGGGAGCUGCACAGGUCAGUUACCACCAUCUCAGAACCUACAGUCAAACAUGACUUGUCUGCUACUGAACUCUGAGGAGGAAUUUCAGAUGUAGGUUAAAAAGGAGUUGGAAUUCUGAAUCGCUACACAUGCACGGGCAAUAAUAUUGGAAAAAAUGUUGAAACCAUGAGUGUGGCCUUCAUGGCCUGGUGGCAACUAAAGUGAACUAGAAAAGUCUGACAGUAGAAAUAUUAUCAUCAUAUUGUUGAAAAAAAAUCCUAAAUUGCUCAGGAAGACAGUGGACAGACACCGCAGUUACUCCUUCCUUAUGUUGAAUCAUUUCCUUCACUGUAUCAAAUGUUCUGGGCUGGGACUGAAUCUUCAAAUGCCUGAAACCUGCAGUUCAAUGUCUAGAAGAAAUGAAAAAGAUGUCAAUCAAACCUAUUUUGAUGGAUAUGCUCAAUGACUGAAUGACGUGCUUAGAUCCACCAGUUUGUUUCCUCGUUUCAGAUUAAAUGCUAAUAUGAACAUUGCUGAAAAA